GAUAUCUUCCUUGCAAAACUCUACACCAAGUUUGAUAAUACAUUGGCGUCUCUUUCGCGCAUCUAAGCUCCAUCUCAAAAUAUUAGUAAAAAUUCACUUGUCAACUUUGGGUCAUUCUGAAAGUACCACAAAAACAUCAAAACAUCAGAAUAUUAUGAUGGAUGUCCCUAGAUUCGUACCUCAAUUCAUCCAGCUUCAGAACAAGCACCCUGGCGAAAGCGACUCAUAUAAUUCCUCGAUAUUCUGGGAAACGGCUAUUCACAGACUGGCUCGCCACGUGAUGUCUGGCAAGGACCAAAAGGUUAUCAUAGAUAACUACAAGGCAAAAUGCGUCGAAUACUAUGGUGAUACAGUCAACCAUAGCUACUUCGUGUAUGCUUGGGACAAAUCUAUCUCGAAUUAUUUUUUUCCCGGUGAAAAGUUUGUCGGAUCAGAUCCUGAUCCAGUUUAUUCCGAAGUCUUUGCGCAAUACUUUAAUGAGCAAGCGCAGGUCAGAGACGAGAUGGAUGAAUGUGGGGUUCAUGUAAUAGAGCAAAUUGAUGUCUUGACUAGCCUUAGCAAGGUAUAUAAUAAUCAGCUUCAGCUCACGCGCAGACCCCCGAAAUAUUCGCCCCGCAAUGUUUCCGUAAGUUUCAACAGAGCAGACGAUCAGAGCACGGGUCCGACGAGAAAUCACGAAGACAGGAAUUCUGAGGAUAUUCCUAUGGAGGAUUACGAUGUUGAGUCUCCUCAACUGAAGAGUCUUAUGGAGAAAACCGUUACCGAGAUUCUGGGCGAGGAGCUAGACGGUAAUUGGGUCAUGGUCAAGGAUAUUCAAGACAAUGACUGGGUCAUGGUUGAAAGGGAAUCAAAGUGAUGAACGGAUCUUGAUUAGAGCUGCAGUUUCAGUUUGUUCUUUUGGGUUAUAUUCAUCACAAGGUCAUAUGAAUUAGAUUCAAUAUAACGAGAAUCAUGUUCUUCAACUUGACAGAUCUCCUCAGUGCCAAUAUGCACAUAGCACAUUUAUUAGCAAAUAAAUUCA